UCGUCUUAACGACAGACAAAUAUAGUAAUCGCUAUCACAUUAAUUUAGCUUUGUUAAUGUUAAUUAAUWAUUAUUGAAUUGCACAAAAAUCAUUUUUCUGUAGCCGUGCGUCUUCGUUUYGUAUAUUGACUUGUCCAGACACCGUUCACGUGUAGCAAGUAUUGAACCAUGGCUCGUACUAAGCAAACCGCUCGUAAAUCUACCGGAGGAAAGGCUCCCCGUAAACAGUUGGCCACCAAAGCCGCUCGUAAAAGCGCGCCCUCCACAGGUGGAGUAAAGAAACCUCAUCGUUAUCGUCCAGGUACUGUCGCUCUUCGUGAGAUUCGUCGUUAUCAAAAGUCUACAGAGUUGCUGAUUCGAAAAUUGCCUUUCCAACGUUUGGUCAGAGAAAUUGCCCAAGAUUUCAAAACAGACUUGCGUUUCCAAAGUGCGGCUAUCGGAGCUUUGCAGGAAGCCAGUGAAGCAUACUUGGUUGGCUUAUUUGAAGACACUAACUUGUGUGCCAUUCACGCCAAACGUGUCACCAUUAUGCCUAAAGACAUCCAAUUAGCUAGACGUAUCCGUGGCGAAAGAGCCUAAUUCAUCUAUUACAUUCUUCUCAAGUGUAAUUUAUUUUUUUUUUUUAACAAUUUAUCUGGAUCAACUUUUAUAAAAAAUUAUAACCAUAUCAAUGUGUG